AUUUUCGUUUUUAUCGGAAAUUUUUUUCCGGUUGAAAACUUGAUUUGGAAAGCCGAAUUAGCAUCCCUAACACGUGCCACACCUCUACUAGUAAUCAUGUUAAACGGAAAGAGAAACACCGUUUUUGUAUUUUAAACCACACCACGCCACCCACCCACCACCACCACCCUUCAUCGAAUUUCCACCCCUGUAUUCGUUACUAAACGGUGUCGGUGCCCCGAUUGUAUAAUUUCAUAUCCACUUUAUUCUUUACAAAAAGAAAAACAGAAAAUUCCCUUAUUUUCCCUCUAUUUUUUCCUUUUUUAUUUUUUUUUCUCCUUUUAAUUUCUUUUCCCUGAUCUCUCUCGUCAUAAUUUGUCCGUCAAUCCAAUUUUCACAUUAUCCGAUUCAGAUCGACCGGAUCGGAGUCUAAAAUGGCGGCAUCGAGACGAUUGCGAGACCUUCAAUCGCAGCCAGGCAACAAGGUCUGCGUGGAUUGCUCCCAAAAGAAUCCGCAAUGGGCUUCGGUUUCUUACGGCGUGUUCAUGUGCUUAGAGUGCUCCGGCAAGCACCGUGGUUUAGGUGUCCACAUCUCCUUCGUCCGAUCCGUUACGAUGGACUCCUGGUCCGAGAUUCAGAUCAAGAAGAUGGAAUCCGGAGGCAACGAACGGCUCAACGCGUUUCUCGCACAGUACGGGAUCCCUAAAGAAACCGAUAUCGUAAUUAAGUAUAACACCAAUGCUGCUAGCAUUUAUCGUGAUAAAAUUCAAGCUCUAGCUGAGGGGCGCUCAUGGCGAGACCCACCUGUGGUCAAGGAGACUCUCAAAGGUGGAAGUAAGAAACCUCCACUGUCGCAAAGCGCCGGUGGUGGCAGUAAUGGUAGUUUUGGCAAUAAUGGAGGGUGGGAUAAUUGGGACAACGAUGAUUUUAAAUCUUCGACAGAUAUGAGGAGAAACCAAUCCGUUUCGGAUUUUAGAGGCGGAAAUGGGGGAACGGGUGGCGUGCCCGUGAGGUCCAAAUCAACUCAAGAUAUUUACACACGUGCGCAAUUGGAGGCGUCUGCAGCUAAUAAGGAGAGUUUUUUCUCGCGAAAAAUUGCCGAGAAUGAGUCCCGACCCGAGGGGAUUCCUCCUGCGCAAGGUGGGAAGUAUGUUGGGUUCGGAUCCAGCCCGACGCCUUCACAAAGGAAUAAUAAUUACCAGGGGGAUGUUCUCUCUGUCUUUUCUCAGGGGUUCGGCAAGUUAUCUUUGGUCGCAGCCUCUGCUGCUCAGUCGGCUGCUGGUGUUGUUCAGGCAGGAACAAAGGAACUCACUGCUAAGGUGAAGGAGGGUGGCUACGAUCACAAAGUCAAUGAAACUGUCACUGUUGUCACUGCAAAGACAAGCGAGAUUGGACAGAGGACAUGGGGUAUUAUGAAGGGCGUCAUGGCAAUGGCUUCACAGAAGGUUGAGGAAUACACUAAAGAUGGCAUGAAUUGGAAUAAUGAUAACUGGCAACAAAAUGAAAGUGAUAAAAAUGGAUAUUAUCAGGAGUUUAACAGGGAGAACACAGGAUGGAAUUCUUCUUCUGGAGGAGGACGGUCCUCAUAUGAUGGGCACCAGAAUUCUUAUAGUUCAAGUUCUUGGGAUCACUGGGACCAUAAAGACAGCAAGAAGGAAGAUGUGGCUAACAGUAACAAUGAUGGUUGGGCUGGCUGGGAUGAUGCAAAAGAUGAUGGAUAUGAUAAUUUUUAUCAAAGUACUUCUAACAAGAAAGCUGUCGGUCACAAUGGGAAACCGGAUAGCAAAUCAGAUGGCACAUGGACGGGAGGAGGCUUUCUCUAGGGUUGGUAAAAUGAUUUUGGCAAAGCCCUUUGUGUAGAAGUGGUAAUUAGUUAUGAAAAUUGCUGGCACACAAGCUAGGAUGAUGAGAAUGUUGGGAUGCUUUCGGUAAGUUUAGUAUAUUUUUAUAGCUGCUCUCUUUCUUUUCUCUAUUCUCAUGUUUCAAAGAGAUACUCAACUUCUUAGAAGGUGUGUGUUGGAAGUAGUUCAUAUAUGUACAAUUAUGAUUGUGGGGUUGAUAGCCCAUCAAAAGGAGGACCACUGUCUGUGAGUGUGCUUAACAUUAUUUGUGACUUUCAAAAUUCGAAGUUGUUUUGGAUCUGUAGUGACUAGUGAAUUAUUUUUCAUCCA